AUGGUUUCAGAAACAGAGGCACGGGAAAUAUUUGAGUCGAACAUUCAUUUCGAUGGGUUGAACAUCUGCAAGUUCUCCCCUGAGAUAUUUCAGGCUUGGCGGGAUGGUGGUAUCGAUGGUGUCUCAUGCACCUGUGGACUAUGGGAAGGUUUCCGGGAAUCCAUUGCGAAUGUGGUUCAAUGGAAGAAAUGGUUCGAAGAGCACUCAGACCUCAUAACCCAGGCACACACUGUUCAGGAUAUCCGAAAUGCCAAGCUUGCCGGGAAGACUGCCGUAUUAUUGAGUUGGCAAAACACUGCCGGCAUCGAGGACAAACUUGAUUACCUCCGUGUCUUCAGGGACCUUGGCGUGCGGAAAAUGCAGCUCACGUACAAUACGCAAAACUACUCUGGAUGUGGCUACACGGAGAUCAAUGAUGGCGGGUUGACGGGUUUCGGCCGCGAGGUAGUGGAUGAAAUGGCGAAGUUGGGAAUCGUGUGCGACUUGAGUCACGUCGGGCCAAAGACAUCUCGAGACGUGAUUGAGUAUGCUCCUGCGGGCAAGCCGCCGUGCUUCUCGCACGUUCUGCCAAGUGGGAUGAAAGAGCACCCACGCAAUAAGUCAGACGAGUUGAUCAAGCUCAUCGGUUCCAAGGGCGGGUUUGUGGGGCUAUCGCAAUUUGGGCCGCACAUGAAGAAGGGGAAUGAGAGCACGAUUGACGAUUACGUCGAGGCAGUGGAUUACAUCAUUGGGCUCAUUGGAGAGGAUCUCGUGGGUAUCGGCAGUGACUCUUCCGAAGGCCAUGGACGACCAAGCGAUUUCAUGGCAUGGUGCAAUAUGGACAAAGGCUAUGCUAGGAAGCUUACGCCUUGGGGUAGUCAAAAAGUUGUUAAACCUCUUGGCCCACUUGCGGAGAGACAAGAACUAGCACAGGCAAUGGCUAGAGCGGGAUGGAGCAAAGAGAAGAUGGUAAAAGUUUUAGGCGAGAACUGGCUCCGUUACUUGGAGAAGAUCUUCGGUCAAUAA